UUCAAUUUACAAUUUUCGCAGAAACACUGGAAAGUAAAUCACCACUGUAGGAGCCCGCAAACUCUAAUGUUUAAUGCCACGAAAAAACGUGAAGACUGCCAUUUAACAAUACCGAACUCGCCAUCACAGUGUCGCAGGUGUUUGUGCCCCUUGUUGCUUUAAAUGUUUAACCCAGCUUAGGUAAUAAGAAGCUAAUCUCAAACAGCCGUCAACAGAAAGUGCUAUGGAGACGGUUACUGUGGCAUUGUUGUGAGGGGACGAGGGGCAAAUGAAGUCAGGGCUACAGCACAAUCAGAGCAAUGUGAGAAAUCCAAGGGAGCAACAAAUUGAAAAGUAAGCGCGACGAAGGACGAAGAAAUGGAAAGUUCUACUUUGAAAGUGGCACAGGGCACACAGAGUGACUUGGAUAUGGAUCUGCUUUGCUGGGGUAGUGGGGAGCUCGGCCAGACUGGUCAUCGCAGAUCAGGGGACGUCGGCCCAUUGGAGUCCCAUCUGAAAGACUUCACGGCGGCCGGGCUGGGCGCGGUGAAGCUGCUGGCAUGCGGGUCCAGUCACUCUGUUGUGGUUACAGUGGAUGACAAGAUCUUUGCAUGGGGAAACGGCACCAAUGGACAGCUUGGUGAUGGAGAGAAGACAGUGAAGGACCACCCAGUGGAAGUUGCAUUGCCGCGGGAACUGAACGUCCACGGAAGUCACGCGGACGUGGAUGUUGUCAACAUAGUUGGCGUAGCCUGUGGAAGCAGACACACCUUCAUUUGGACCGAGACUGGGCUGGCCUUCAGUUUUGGAAACAACUACUACGCUCAGCUCGGCUACGACUUCCAGAGGGCUGACUUCAAAGAGCACCAGCUGGCACCGUGCUCGUUCCAGAAUCUUCCGGCAUCUCUGAAAAUAUCUCAAGUGGCCUGCGGAGAGCGACACACUCUAUUCGCGUUUGAGGACGGCAGCGUGGCGGCGUGUGGGCAGAAUGAUUAUGGACAAAUUGGAAGUGGUUCUAAUGAAAAUGUCGUCGUCCCUCGCUUUGUGGAGUGUGUGCGCCGCGUGUCGAAGGUCACUUGUGGGGCAAACCACAAUCUCGCGCUGACAGGUGACGGCAAACUGUUCCAGUGGGGCUGUGGACGCGCCUGUGGGAACAGACAGAGGAACAUCCUGCUGCCGGAGGAAGUGACGUUACCGAGCUCGCCAGUGAGAGACAUCGCUGGAGGGUGUUGGCAUAGCUUGCUUCUAACAGAUGGUGGGAAUGUCUUCUCCUGGGGAAUGGGGCAAGAGGGACAGCUUGGACAUGGAGAUGACAGGAUGCACAUACCCAGUCCACGUCUCCUCAGCUAUUCCCAACUAGCUGAUGUCAGACAGAUACGAGCAGGGGACAGCUACAGUGCAGCUGUCACAGCAGGUGGAGAGCUGCUUCUCUGGGGUCAGAUCCCCCGUGUUUCUGGGGUCAGUUAUCAUGCAGACCUCAAAAGGCUCUGGACCCCCCAGUCUGUUGUGCUGGCAGGCCGAAAGGUGACUGAUGUUGCCUGUGGAACGUGGCAUAUAAUGGCUCUAACGACAGGGAGCAGAGAGAAGAACAGACUAUGUGCUCACCCAGAAACUGAAGCUCACUUCAGAGACCCUGUCAGCAAUCCCUUACCAACGCAACACACAGAGAAAGAAAACACGGCACAAGAGUCCAGGCCGGUGAAGCACAGGCGGCUGCACGUUCCGGAGGCACCAGAGGGUUCAAAAGAGCAGGAGGCCGAGAAAGAAAGUGAGAGUGCAGAGGAAGAAGACAGACGUGAGCAAAACCCAAACAACACUGAGGGAAGUGGAGUGUUAAACGAUGCAGCAUUUGCCACAGUCAGGUCUGCAACGGGGAUGGACGGGGCAGGAAAUGGCCACUCAUCAAUCAAAUCCAGGGAUGACAAGGAGGGUUGUAGGACGGCGGGGCCGUGGGAGCUGAGGAACAGACCGUGCAGAGGCAGAGGAAGCAGUCUUCAUGUAGUCUUCACUACAUUGCAACUUUUACCGAGGUCAGAGGGAGAGCAGUGCAGGCCCAGUGCCAGCAGCUUGCCCCUGCUAAAGACCAAACAGCAGCCUCAAAGCAGACUUUCAGCUGAGACUCAAGAGGAAAAAUCUGCACAUCUAACUGAACUGGGUCAAAGUUUUGGGAGCACUAUUAGCAUUUUGCAGGGCGCCGCCCUCCAACCCAAACCCAGACCUCCUGGCAUCCGUACAGGCCCUGGGACUCAGAGGGUAGCCUCGUGUCACCGUUCAAGAAUUACACAACACAUUGGCCUUAAGUCUCCGGUUAACAAGCCCUCUCCAAAACUGAGCUCUGAAAAUCAAGCUCUGGUGUCCUUCCCUGGCUCCCACACAAGACCACCAUUCGAAACAUCUCUCUCUUCAACUUCUUCGUCCUCUGAAGCAUUUGGAUACUGUCCUGUACAUAGAACAGGUCUUUCUUCCAGCACUUGGAACAAUCUUUAAGAAUCCAGUUCUGUCCUCGAGCGAAGCUAGUUUUAAUUGUUGAAACGUAUAUAUUUUACCCACAGGUCCCACUAUAUGACUAUGUAUGGGAUGAAAAUGUUUAUUUUUUUCCAUGUUAUCUACUCAGUAAUUCGUCUCUGGAGACCACAUAUGGAGCAAAGUACUUUACAUUCCAAGAUGACUGACAGACAUCCUGUUGCUCUGUACACGCUCUCCAAAACAGACUCCAGCUCGACAUAAGUGGGCUCUCUACCCCACUGUGAUUUGGCGAAUAUUCUCCUCUUAUAAACCAUCUCCGACUACAACACCCAUGAACCCUGACCUCAUCUGCAGGCGUUAGGCUUUGGUCUUACAGUCAAAACCACGUCGAGGAUCAGCAGAGUCCUUGAAUCACCACAUUUUAUCAGAACUUGAGAGGGCUGCGGGUUUUUUUUUUUUUUCUUUCCAACCCCGCAUACUACCGAUCCGCAUUCAUUUUAAUACUCACAGUAUGUUGUUUAUUAAAGACACGACGCCCGCUCAGAUCCUGGCCUCCUGCGAGACGUUUCACGGUGGAGCAUUUUCAUGGCCGACUGUCUCUGCAGCAUGAGUCACACGUGCGUGCUACUAUAGCUAUUGUGAGUGUGAGGAAAUUGAUUUGUCGCAGAGAUAAUACUAUAUGAUGAGGUUUCUAAAAGUAAAUGGGAUCAUUACAGGAAACAAGGCUUCAUUUGAAUCUCCUUUGCUCUGUGCCUUUGCUGCUUAGUUUUUCAUCUUUCUUGGAGUGGUCCUUCAUUAGCCUUGUACUGUAUGCGCCCUGAUUCUUUGCCACAAUGAGCUUCACAACCACAUGGUAAUUCCUCUUUUCAGGGUUUUAUUAUAGGUGGAACUUGUGAUGUUUUUUCAUAGUCUGUUCUUUAAUAUAAGACAUGUUUGACAUGUUGCAUUUGCAUGGUUGUCAGUGUUGGGUUGGACACACCUCUUAGAACUUCUAUCAAGUAAGAGUAAUUCGCUCACAUGAUUCAUUAAUAAUAAUAAUACUAGAAAUAGUUCAUAUAUUAUGAUUAAGCAUUGAAAAUAUGACCUAAGCACAGGUAAAGGGAUGAAUUGCAAGUACAACCACAACAGCGCUUUUGUUUUGUGCGUUACAAACCCAACACUGACCACAUACAGGCAUGCAACACUGAUGGCAUUGAGACAUCCACCCACAUCCCCCUUACACUCCCUGUGGUUUGUUUUGGUGUGAGUAAGUGUUGGUUGUGUGUAUCACGUCUUAGCCCUGCGAGACUCCUGCCGAUCGAUUCAAGGUGAGACCUGUCGAUUAAACACCCUGAGCUGUGCUCUCUACCUAACCCCAGGGUGACUCGGUCCCACCCCCUGCGCACACAUACUCGACCACACAAACGUGCACACACCGCCGCUUCACCUGUCAUCCGUCAAUACGUCCAUCGGGGCCCCUAUUGAUCCCCUCCAUCCAGCCUCUUCACCCCAUGCGAUACAACAUCAGGGCCAAGACGACACCGGUGCAAGUUUAAUUUCUGGCAGAUUUACAAUAAAGCUCAAGUUAUUAUUUAACUCUUCCGGCUGCCGUGUGCUCCUUGAUUUAGCACCCCUGGAGAGGAUGAGUUACAGCUGACACUGAGAAUCUGCCGGGGCUGGAAUGGUAGGCACCCGGUUCAUAACUCAGCCGCCGAAUGUGUAGUUAGUCAAUCACUUGAUCUGUAAUCACAAAUGCUGCCAGAAAUUACAUGAGUGAUGAGCUGUAAUAAAAGCACUUACUUUUC